AUGGUGCCCAGUGGUGAAACCCUCAGGCCAGAAGGUACCCAACAAAUGACUGGGGAAGAGCAAGGACCUAUAGCAAGUAGCUCUGGAUUUUAUGAUGUGCCUGGGGCAAAUCCAGUAGGAACGUCAGGUGCCGAUGCUACCAAUAGUGAAAGCAAGGGUCUGCGCUACUUGAAAAUACAACGAAUAGCAACUUGGAAUGUCAGAGGAAUGAGCCAAGUUAGCCAGUGUGAAUGCUAUGUGAGCUUGUUCCUGCCAUCAGCUUCUUUUGAAAUGGCUCGGACGAAGAUCAUCAAGGACUGUAAAGAUUCAGUAUGGAAUGAAACCUUCUGCUACAGGAUACAGAAUCAAGUCAAAAAUAUUUUGGAGCUGACGGUUCAUGAUGAAAACAGCUGCCUUUUGGAUGGCCAUCCCCUCACUGUUUUCUUUGAUGUUACUAAACUUCGACUUGGAGAAACAAUUUGCCUCACGUUUCCAUUGGAUCCAAAAAUUCAAGAAAAUCUGAAGGUAGAAUUUAGUUUGGAGAAUCUCCCAGUUCUUCAUGAGAAUAUUGUUACUAAUGGUGUAUUAGUGUCCCGUGAAAUUUCCUGCUUGGAGGUAGAAGUGAAGAAGGAAAAGACACUGAAAUAUGAUUCAAAAGAUGAAAUUGCUUUAUUUACUGUGCAAGGAUCAUAUGAAGAGUCUCAGAAACUUCCGUUGACUUUUGCUGUUCCUCUUGAAUUUCAUUACAUCAAGUAUAAAGAAUCUGCCCUGGAAGCUGAAUUACCAAAGAAAUUCUGUGGCACAACUCCUUUUCAUCAUGGACUACAUGCAAGGCCAAAAGAACUUGAUGUACGUUUAGGGUAUGAACUAUGUCUGGAUGAACAAGUAUUUAUACAGAAACGGAAAAAAAUUGUAGCAGGUGCCCUGAAAAAUGUUCUUCACGUGGAAAAUGAUUUGCAAGAUCAGGAGGUGCCUGUGGUGGCUGUCAUGGCAACAGGAGGUGGGGCCCGGGCAUUUACAGCUUUACAUGGCCACUUACUUGGUCUUCAGAAACUGAAUCUCUUAGACUGCCUUACAUACAUUUCUGGAUCUUCUGGCUCUACUUGGACCCUCUCAAAUCUGUAUGAAGAGCCUGGUUGGUCACAGCAGGACCUUUUAGGAGCAGUUGCAGAGGCUCGCAGAAACAUGUGCCAAUGCAAGCUGAACUGCCUUACAUUAUGUCACUUAAAAGAAUACUGUAAUAUUCUGAAGCAACGGCAAAUGGAUGGCUACAAAACCUGCAUUACUGAUCUCUGGGGACUUUUCAUUGAAAAAGCAUUAGGCAAUGGGAGAUGUAGCAGCACACUUUCGGAGCAGAAGCAUGCCCUGAAUCAUGGUCAGAAUCCUCUGCCCAUAUAUAUGGUCCUUAAUACCAGGGACAAAUAUAGCCUUCAAGAAUUUAAAGAAUGGAUGGAAUUUACUCCCUUUGAGGUUGGAUUGUUAAAAUAUGGUGCUUACAUUCGUGCUGAAGACUUUGGAAGCAAAUUCUUUAUGGGUCGGAUGAUGAAGAAGGUUCCAGAAUCUCAAAUCUGCUUCAUGAAAGGCAUGUGGAGUAAUAUAUUUUCCUAUAAUCUACUGGAUUUAUGGCAAGCAUCUGACAGCUCAGAAGACAGUUUUUGGCGUAGAUAUACCUGGAACAGAGUAAAGCAAAUAGAAGAAAAGCCACCUUUGUUACCAGCAGAAGAAGCAGUGAAUACUUACCUGACCAUCCCUACUUGUAAAAUUAUGAAGAUACUUCAUGACAUCAUAACAGAGCGUGUAACAACAUCAUCGUUCUACAAUUUCUUAAAUGGAUUCCAAUUAAACAAUGGAUAUCUAGAGAAUAAACAUUUUUAUAUAUGGAAAGAUACCAUACUAGACACUUUUCCUAACCAGCUGAUGACUCCACUGGAAUAUCUGUGCCUUGUAGAUACAGCUGCCUAUAUAGAUUCCAGCUAUGCACCACUUAUGAAGCCAGAGAGAGAAGUGGAUGUCAUUAUACAUUUGAAUUAUUCUUCAGGAUCACAAACAUCAUCUUUAGAGGAUGCCUCCAAAUACUUUGCAAAACAAGGGAUCCCUUUCCCCAAAGUAGAUAUGAGCAGGGAAAAGAAUCUGAAGGAAUGUCAUGUCUUUGAAGAUUCUACAGACUCCAAAGCACCUAUUGUGGUUUUUUUCCCACUAAUAAAUGACACCUUCAGGAAAUACAAAGCACCAGGUAUAAAACGCGGUCCCGCUGAACUGAAGCAGGGUGAAGUUGACGUGACUAGUCCUCUUUCUCCAUAUGGAAUACAAAACUUUGAAUACACCAAGGAGAAUUUUGAUAAGUUAAUAGAGCUAACUAGUUAUAAUAUUCAGAAUAACAAAAAUGCAAUCCUCCAAGCUUUACAAAGAGCAAUAGAGAGAAAAAAACACCAGAAGAAAUAGACAUCGUUUCAAAUAUGACUGGAAGAUUGCUGAACCAGCUGUCGCAAUUUUUAUAGAUUAAUUUAUCACCAGUGGCUAUGUCAGUUUACAAUACAGUAAGAUCAUAAUACAUUUUGACUAUGAGG